CGUGUUGGUGGGGUUUUGCGAUGAACAGGAGACUUGAACCAUAUCGGGAUGCACCACGGGAACGGAUUGUUCACAGCGCUCGACACAGACCGGAAAGUCAGUACGGACAGCGACCGGCGAUAGAACGGCCAUUUGAGUAUGAGGAGGACGACCUGCAGAGACGACAUCGCCGCUCCCUCCCAAACGAAUCGCACCUGAGGGAUGGAGCUCUUGAAAGGCCUUUGGCUCACCGUGAGUCGGAACCUGGUAGACUCGACGUGGACUAUGCGAGAUCGUUUAGCGAGGGAAGAAUGGGCGACGUUAGCAGAUAUGGUGCACCAGUAGGACGCAAUGACGUCGAGUUUGGAAGAAGUAAUGAUCGUACUGUUCCCGCAACGUUUCGGGAAGGAGGAGAACGUGAAUUUACAACGCCCGUCGCUCCAAGUGCCCAUCCAAGAGAGCAUGAUUCCGGUUAUUCGCGUGGAUACCCAUCAUCCUCUUACAGGGACCCACGGGACAUGGAACAUGGAAGAGAGCCCUAUAGAUACCGAGAGCCAGUUGGGGGGACUCUUUUGCGUGACACACGAGAUGUGAGAAUGUUUCCCUCGAAAAGGCCAUCUUUGGAGUUGAAGCCAAGGGAAUUUCCUGUGGGGCAUCCAGAGAGAGAGAGCCGUUAUCGAGACUAUCCCCAACCAUUUCCAGAUGCACGGACGCGCCCAGCACCUUCCGAUGUCAUAAAUCCCUUUCGAGAAUAUCCACACCCGUGGGACAGAGCAGAAAUUCCUGAAGACGUUCGUGGCUGGUCCAGAAAUGAGGCUCAGGAUUUGGAACGACAUGAACUGUGGGAUGAUUACCGAGGGGACAAGUUUGGUGGAUAUCGGUCGAUGGCUGAUCCUCCUGAACGUGGACGAGAUAUUCGACCCGAUGUAGAACGAGAAAGGGAGGCCGCGUUUCGUGGAUACAGCCGAGAGCGAGUUCAAAGUCACCGUUUCCAAAGUCAUCCUGCUUCAAUUCGAGAAGCACACAAUGAUCCACUGAACUCUGAAUUAGACAAGCAUCUUCCUAUGACGCCAAAUGCUAAUUACCGAUCUGGCACUGAUUUUCGCUCAGUGCGACCAAGUCCCUAUCAACCUCGAACAGAAACUACCGUGUCGCCGGGCAGUGCGCAUGAUAUAUGGCAGCCAACUGAACGUCCUCCCUUUACGUCAAGAGGGUCAAGUGAUCGUUCACAGGAAGGGUCCUUACGGGGUGAGGUUGGCUUUAGGGCUGGAUUUGGCGGACCACCUCCCAAGGUCUACGAUCCUUCACCUGAAAAGUCGGACGACAAAACGGCCCCGGUGUUGACAUCACCACAUCCUGCCAAUCCAGCAUGGCAGAAACCUACAAGCGAAAACAGGUUCAGUUACUUCUCGCGAGAUGUACCAGAGUUGCCCCUAGACCGCGCACAACCCAGGCGGGCUGACAAAGGAGUGGAACAAAAUGAGGAGGAAGAGGCGUCACUUCCGAGAGAUCGCCAUGCGGUUGAAGAAACGGCCUCGUCCGUUAUCACACCUGACACGCCGUCGGCGACCAGGAAGGCAAGUCUCAACGAAAGUAGCCAGAGUUUGGAACGAUUAGCAAGACUUGAGGAUGAAAUUGCAGAGUACAAAGAGCUAUUGGCGUUAGUGAAGGAGCAAGCCGGCACAAAGCGAGAUGACAACGUUGCGGGACCGAAUAUCAAGACUGAAAAUGAUGAUGAGCCCGCGUGGGAAAGCGAUACACAUCAAAGGUCGGGUAGUCCCGCAGCUAAUGAAGAUGGAAUGGACGUUGAUUUUUCGGUAGAAGAGAAUGAUGGGGAAUCAGGGAGUGACGGUGAUGUAGGGGAAAGGGAUACCGACAAGGAGUUGCAACUAUGGGAGAGGAUUACGAGAAAGAAUCGAAGAAGAGCACGGCAGGUUCGGAAAAACAUGUGCAAAAGGACAGAUGCAAAGGUUUUCUAUCUUCCGAUCAAAGGCCUGUAUACUGAACCAUGCGACUACAAUUUCUACCUACCGAACACGGAGAUACACGCAACUAUACGGGCACUUGUUUCACAGAAAAUCUGCCAUAGAUUCUCGCAAAAUGGAGAAAAGCGAGCGUCGUUACGGCAGGAAUACAAGGAGCGACUUGGAGAGUGGCGUCGAACAUCAGAACUAAUCGAACAGGACGAGGCUAGAAAGAAGAGAAAACUCGGAAAGACUGGAGGAACCGUGCUAGGGAAUACAUCGACGACUGUCACAUUCGCUGCAACUAGUUCCGGAUCUAAUGCUGGAGGACUUUAUACCAGAGGAUCUCGCCGCACCGCAACUUUCACAUCCGAUACUGUUAGGACCGAAGCAGAAUUUCAAUACGCGCUUGCGCUUCUUGGCAAUGUUGAUGACGAUCCUACGGAUCAUGACCCAGCGAGAUCCGCCGUAGAACCACCUAUGGUUAUGGAUCCUCUCCAACGAAAGCUCCUUUGUUUUCGAAAUUACAAUGAUCUAGUGUACGACCCUGUGAGGGAUUUGGAGCGCUACAAUGCAAGGUUGACAAUGACGUGGACGGACACGGAGCAGCGGAUUUUCAAAGAAAAGAUAUUGCAAUAUGGCAAGAACUUUCAUUCUAUAUCCACCCAUUUGCCGCACAAAACUCCUCGACAAUGUGUCGACUACUAUUACCGCGAAAAGAAUCACCUUAAUCUCAAGCAUGCUAUAAAGCGGGCAAUGAGUCGAGCAAAGCGUCGAGCGGCUGCUGCCCGAAAAGCUGGGAAAGAGAUUGGCACAGAAGGGCCAUCUUACCUAUUACUCCCAACCGGUGCCGCUUCCGCUAAGGAUUCACCAACGUCGGCUGGUGGUCGACGAGGAGCAGGUCGGCCAAAGGAAGCUCCGCCUGGUAGGGUCGUAAAGAUGGCGGACGAAACUACAGGGGAUAAUGGGCGCCGAGGCUCACGCAGUCGAAUAAGGGUGGAUGGGCAAGAAAUACCUGGGGAUCAGUCGGACAUUGAAGACGCCAGUAAACGGAGAAAGGGACCGCCAUCAACGAAAGUGAUGCACAGUGGUGAAGUCACUGAGCUUGGUUCUGGUCGCGCAUUCGAGAAAAGCAGAAAAGAGGUUGUUUUUGAAAUUACCCCUGAUGCAGGCAAAUAUGAUACGCCUGAUGUGACCAGAACUCCCGCAACGACGCACCACAAGACCAAGGCACGCACUGUCCCCGCUGCUGACUUGGAGUUACCAGAUGUGAUAGAGGGGGAUGACAGCACGACUGAGCGAGGUGUUGAAGAUUUCGGUGAAGCCAGUCCAUAUGGAUCGCUGGACUCACCGAUGCCAUCGCCGCGGACGGCUCUCAAGGGUUUAGCUCAAAGUGAAGACGUAGCCCUCUCGGACAUGAAACAGCGAAAACGCCAUGGUCGACGAAGAGAGACUGAAGACACUGUCAAAAGCAGCUCUGGAGAUUUGUUGGAUGCGGACGUGGUUGACGUAGGCCGUUCGUCCCCGCAACCAAAGCGAACCAUAUCGUACUGGAAUAGUGAAGAAACAGUGGCCUUCAAGGAUGCAUAUAAGGAGUAUGGUACCAAUUGGGAGCUGGUUGCGCGCCAUGUUGGAAGCAAAUCCGCCAAACAAGCACAGAACUAUUACAAGAAGAAUCAACUUGAACUGGAUAGGCUUCUGGAGGAGACUCGCGCCCGAUCUGUGGACGCGUUCAGAGUUGAUGAACUGGGCUCUCGCUCUUAUUUCACCGCUCGCCAUCGGUUGCUGCAUGAAAGUGCACAGCGAGGCUCUCCGGCAAUCUUGGACCUGUCGCCACCUUCGUUCCAGAGAGUAGCUGAUAUGCUGUCAUUGGACGAUUCCAGUGAAGAGGCACAGGAGCCAGUUAUCCGAAGAACAAAGACAGGAGGUCUACUCGAUGCUGUGCCAAAAACCACAAAUGUGCAUGUGAAGACCAGCGGUUCGAUGGACAACAUUGACGAGGUUGCAGCCCAAUUGGACAUUAAAGCCGAGGUUAUGCUUCAAUCCAUGUCGCUCCCAGAUCACUUACCUCUAGCACCAGUGUACUAUCAUCCCUCGCUUACUCGAGAAAACCGCCCUCAUCCUCAACAAGCUGCUGCCGCUGCUGCCGCGCAACGUGUCGCCAAAGCCGUGCAGCACAGCGUACAUCCGUACGUUGAAAAUUUUGUGCGCAUGCAAAGACAGCAAGGCCCGCCUACAUCCCCAUCAUCGAAUACACAUAGUGUGCCGGUACCUCAAGCAACGACUCCUGGGUCCCAACUCGGGAACAUUGGCAACAUUGCAAUUACACGGUUUUUGAGGCCCUUUGCUAGUGAAUAACAUCCUAUAGAGGUCGUUCUCUUUGUAUUUUACUUGUUUAAUUUUUUUUCCUUUUGUUGUUUAUACUUUUUGGAAUAUGUGUAAAUUUAAAUAACGAAAUGAUCACCAUAA